UUAAUAGAUAACAUGGAAAGUAAAAUGAAAGGAACCCUUGUGGAAGGAACAAUUCCUAAACUGCUUGAAGGGAAGAUGAUUUCCUACAUUAAAUGCAAGCAUGUUAACUACAUGUCUCAAAGAACAGAGCCUUUCUAUGAUAUUCAGCUUAAUAUCAAAGGGAAAAAAACAAUUAUGGAAUCUUUUCAAGACUAUGUAACACCGGAAACUAUGGAUGGAGAUAAUAAGUAUGACGCAGGUGACUUUGGACUGCAGGAAGCUGAAAAGGGGGUGACUUUUCUUUCAUUUCCUCCUGUGUUACAUUUACAACUGAUGCGUUUUCAGUACGAUCCAGCUACAGAUACAAACAUUAAAAUUAACGAUAGGUUUGAAUUUCCAGAGAAGCUUAAUUUAGACAAUUUUUUACAAAACAAAGAACCCACGCCAGCCCUGUAUACCAUACAUGCAGUGCUAGUACAUAGCGGGGACAAUCAUGGCGGUCAUUAUGUUGUAUAUAUUAACCCUAAAAGUGAUGGCAAGUGGUGUAAAUUUGAUGAUGAUGUUGUGUCCCGCUGUAAUAAAACUGAAGCCAUUGACAACAACUUUGGUGGACAUGAAGAUGAUAUAUCUGUAAAACACAGUACCAAUGCUUAUAUGUUAGUCUAUAUACGGGAUAGCUGCAAAGGUAAAUCUCACAACAUGGCUAUUAGUGCUGGGGAAGAUCUACAUAGAGAAUUACCAAGGAGGCAAGAGGCCCAGAGGCGGAAAGAGAGAAGUGAAGCACAUCUGUAUAUGACUGUCAAUGUCAUCACUGAAGACCAAUAUUGUUCACAUCAAGGAAACGAUUUAUUUGAUGCUGAUAAAGUCAAGUUCAGGAGUUUCAAAGUUCUGAAAACAUCGUUGUUGUUUGACUUUUUGGAGAUGAUGGCACAAGCAAUGGGAUACUCGUUAGAUCAAAUAAGACCAUGGCCAGUUUCACAGAGGACGAACACAACAUACAGGCCUGCUAUGCUGGAUAUGGAUACAGACAUCCAUAAGACGAUGUAUGAUUUAGCAGAGGGCGAUAGUCCAUACACAGUGUUUUUAGAGACGGUUGAUGCAGAGUCGGGUGCUGAUGCUUUACCAGCUUUUGAUAAAGACACCGAUGUGUUAUUAUUCUUGAAGCUCUAUGAUGCAAAGACCAAAAGUGUCUCAUACUGUGGUCAUAUUUAUCUACCCAUCAAUACUAAAGUUUAUGAGCUUUUGCCUGUUUUGUGUGAGAGGGGUGGAUUCCCUAUUGGCACUGAUCUACUCCUUUUUGAGGAAGUGAAGCCCAACCUAACAGAGAAGAUACAAGAUUAUGAUUUACCAUUGGAUAAAGCACUGGAUGAGUUAAUGGAUGGAGAUAUUAUUGUUUUCCAAAGAGAUGAUGUGGAGAAUGAACAAAGUGAAUUACCGACAGCAAAGGAUUAUUUUCGUGAUCUUUAUCACAGAGUUGAAGUGACGUUUUGUGAUAAGAAUUUACCCAAUGAUAAUGGUUUCACUCUGACGCUGUCGCAGAGGAUGAAUUAUUUUAUGGUUGCAAAGGCGGUAGCAACAAAGUUGAAUACUGAUCCAAUGCUUCUACAGUUUUUUAAGAAUCAAGGGUACCGGGAUGGUCCUGGGACUGCACUGCGAUGUACAUAUGAUGGCACACUGAGGGAUUUACUGUCUGGUUUUAAACAUAGGCAACCUAAGAAACUUUAUUAUCAGCAGCUGAGUAUUCGUAUAAAUGAGUUGGAAAACAAAAAACCAUUUAAAUGUGUCUGGGUAAAUCAUAAACUGAAAGAGGAGGAGCUCAUGCUUUACCCUGACAAAGGUGACAGCGUUGUUGGCUUGUUGUCAGAAGCAAGAAAGCAUAUUACUUUGGCUGAUAAUGGCACUGGCAGGCUCAGGUUGCUAGAAGUCAUCGGUAAUAAGAUCUAUCAAAUCCAGAAAGAUGAUGUAUUUUUAGAUUGUCUUAACCCAUCUGGCAAUAGCAAGACCUACAGAAUAGAGGAAAUUCCCGAUGACCAGUUAAAAGUUAAAGAAGAGGAAAUGUUAGUUUGUGUUGCUCAUUUCCAGAAAGAAGUCUUUGCCACAUUUGGUGUUCCGUUUCUACUCAGGAUAAAACAGGGAGAAGUAUUCACAGAUGUUAAAACAAGAAUUGGGUCAAUAUUAGGCAUUGGUGAAAAAGAACUUGACAAGAUCAAAUAUGCUAUAGUGGUGAUGGGAAGACCAACAUACAUACCUGAAGGUAACGAGUCACAUAAAAUAUUUCA